AUGGCUAUUGAUACAAACGAGGCAUUCCUCUUGAUCUUGGUUCUGCUUCUACUCCUCAGAGAAUGCUUCACCGUUGCAGAUGAUACUCUUUCGAUGGGUGAGUCACUCUCAGCGUAUACUGGCGAUUACCUAUCAUCAGAUAAUCACAAGUUUGAACUCGGAUAUUUCAAACGAAGUAAUUCUUCAAAUAUCUACCUGGGGAUUUGGUACAAAGGGAUAGAAGACCAGAGGAUUGUUUGGGUAGCAAAUAGAGAAAACUAUUUGUCUGACCCAUAUUCUUCAAGACUCGAAUUCUCGAAUGACGGCAAUCUAGUCCUUCUGCAAACUUCCUCUGAGAUACCAUUUUGGUCCACAAAUUUGAGGCAUCUUCCGUCAAAUUCAACUGAAGCAACACUUCUUGAUGAUGGGAAUUUUGUUUUAAGAGAUAGGUCAAACCUUUCUACUAUAUUUUGGGAGAGUUUCGAUCAUCCAACUGAUACAUGGCUGCCAGGUGCAAAGCUUGGAAUCGAUAAGGUAGGAAAAGUACCGAAGCAGCUUAUUUCAUGGAGAAAUUCAGAAGAUCCAUCACCGGGUGUGUUCUCGUUCGGUCUAGACCCAAAUGGAGUCAUUCAAUUUAUCUUAGAGUCGAUCAACUCCCAUGUGUGA